GCUGUCCAACUGGAAAACCUCUGGCGCGGAUUUAAAUACCGUGUUCUGGUGUUGGUCGUAACCGAACACGGCUUCCUUGAUGGUUCCACGAAUCAGCGUGUCCAGACUGCCGACUUCAUUACAAAUUGCUCAGAUCCCAGCAUCACAGAGGUUGAGGAAACCGAAGCUACUAAUUCCUCUAUCUCCCUGAGAUGGUCACUGGAUCUCCAAGUACAUCCUCGCUGUGAAGUGACGUAUAUUCUCGAGCUCGGGAAGAAGUCAGGAGGAUCCAAAAUACGAAAAACAACCAGCUCGACUUCCUUCAGUUUCGUUGGCUUGGAUCCGGACAGUGAAUACGAACUUGUGAUCGGGCUCUACAGUGGCAUCGCAAGAGAACCAAAGUUUUUAGAAAGACUAUGGCCUUUCAGGACAUUAAUUAGCCCCCCGCUAGCGCCUAUGCUAUCGUUGGAGAUUACAGCAAUCCGAGAAAUAAAAGUUAAGUGGGAACUUCCUCGGCAGUCGAGUCAUGCUGACAUUUACGAUGUCAGCCACCAGCUUCUCAAGUAUGAAGCCUGCACAAACCGCAUCAUCCAGCAUGCAACUAAAGCCCAUCACACAGCCACUGAGAUCUUUCUCAGGGACCUGGAGAGCUAUGCCACCUAUGAAGUCUGCGUUGAGGCGAGGAAUGAUGGUGGUUCAGGUCCUGCAGCUUGUUCCUCUGAAACUACACUGCCAACAGCUCCUGAAAUACAACUUCGAUACCAAUGCCGAUAUCAACCUACCGGAUAUUUCAGCUGUCAAACAGUCGGCACGUGUGAGCAGUACAACGGACCCAACGCACGAGCAGAAUUAAUCAUCGAAACUUUCCUGGAAUGUAGAAACAAGUCCCAGAAAGAGGAAUACAGUCAAAACCUAGCCAGCAAUUACAUAAAUUUUUUCUUAAAAAGUAGGGAGUUGCUAAAAGGGGCGACCUACAAUGCUACGGUUGCUUUCAAGAAUGACGCUGGCACUGGGCUGGAAUCGACAAGUUCACUCACGACUUCCUCAGCAAAGGCUCCCCGGGUGAGAGAUCUGGUGGGAGCAGCUGUGUCUCCCCGCGAGGUCAGGUUGAUGUGGAAUGACCCGUGCCCGCCAAAGGGAAAGAUCACCAGGUUUGCGUACAGAAUUCAUUCAGUUUGGACCUAUAAAAAUCCCGAACCUUGUGCGUCUCUGCCUAAGUUUGAUCGAUGUAUCGAAGUUGGAGGCUUGAAGGUCAACACAAAUUAUACUUUUGAGGUCGCAGCUGUUAAUAGUCUUGGACUAGGCUACAUUGAAAAAAUCAGUGUUUCAACCAUCGAGGCCAAACCCGGACCACCAUCUGGUAUGUUGACCAUACCAGGAGUUUCCUCCAUCGAGGUGCUCCUCCAAUUCCCCGUGGCGCCCGGUGGCCUUCUGCUGAACUUCACCACAAGACUGGCAGAUGGACAGCCCUCAUGUAGGGGCAAUAUCACGAGAGAGUCAUUUGGCCCUGUUCAAUGUAAGUUGCAGAAUCUGGAACGAGGGAAGAUUUACACUGCAAGUGGUUCCUUCUGCAAUUCAGCAGGAUGCGGACCGAGCUUAGAGCAGGACGUGGCCACACUGCCCAUCCCGCCCAGUUUCGAAGGGGCCCUGGGCGUGCUGGCCAAAACCGACACCAACAUCACGCUGUCGCUGCCCAGCAUUCAGACGGAAGGCGACGGUGAAAGCUUGCUCAUCGUUUUGGUCCAACAUAUACCGAAAGAAGAAAUCUCCAACUAUAGAAAGGAAAGCUUCGUGGAAUUAUAUGCCAAACUCUCGGGGUCUCCUCGUCAGAGACGCCGCGUGGGGGGGGACGACGGCUGCAAAAACAGGGACGGCGAGUACAUAGCUGGCAUCUUCGAUUAUGAGCAACAAAAGGAGUUCGUCAUUGGAGACGAGGAUUCUGAUUAUGACAACUGCCCCCUCACGCCGGGCGACUUCUAUAUGAUUGGUGCUGUUGCCAGGGUCGACCUCCUGGACCACCAAAGCUACGCCGAGACGUCUCUCGAUGCCCCUGUCAAGGCGGUGGUCGAUGUGACGAGCCCGCUGGCCUUCGCGCUUCCCCUGCUGCUCCUGCUGGCUCUGCUCCUGCUCCUGCUGGCCUUCGUCUAUUUAAAGAAGUUCAGGAAGCCAAAGGAUCCCUUGGAAUUUCAAGAGACCAACGCCAGAAUCUUGGACGAUGGAGUGAAUCAUUCUGAAGGGAAUUCUAACCUGAUCCAUGUCCAACAGCAGAAUGUAGCCCUCAUGCCAAUGCAGCCAGUACAACAGCAGUAUCAGCUGACAGCAGGACCCGCGGUGCCUGAUCGUGAGCCUCCUUCCCCGUCGGUGCAGGACAACAUUUACGAGAACGUAGGAAGCGCCACGGCCAACAGGAUAGCGCGAGUGGAGCUGGAGGCAUACCUCAACAAGGUCAUUGGCACCCAGGAUGCUGCAGACGACUUUAAGAAAAUUCCAGCAACCAUGGACAAAUCUAUGGCGUAUGGCGAGCAACUUCAAGUCAAGAAGAAAAACAGAUUUAGGAACAAUUUACCGUUUGAUGAAACCCGAGUGAAAUUGUCAGUCAUCAACAAUGAUCCCUUCAGUGACUACAUUAAUGCCAACCAUAUUUAUGGCUUUGGUGGCUACUUGAGGUACAUUGCAUCCCAAGGACCCAAGGAUGCAAACGUCAGCACCAUUGGCGACUUCUGGCGUAUGAUUUACGAACAGAAGAUGGACAUCAUCAUUAUGGUUGCCAAUUUCAUCGAGGGGGGAAGGGUCAAGGUCGGGGAGUACUUUCAGCGUGGAGCUACUCUGGAGUUUGACGGCUAUGUCGUGUCUGCCAUCAAAAGCGAACAGCACCCACACUACAUUGUAUCUACUAUACAGGUCUGGAAGGGUGAUAUUUGCCAUACCGUCACGCACUACCACUACACCAGGUGGCCCGACCAUGGGGUGCCCAGUGAAGCCCAAACACUGGCUGUCAUGAUGAGGGACAUCCUCAACACACACAAGCAAGGUGGCGCUGUGGUACACUGCUCUGCUGGCAUUGGCCGAACUGGCACUGUGCUCUUAGUGUUGCUGAUGCACGAGAUGCUGACCAUCGACGGUGACGUUGAUCCCGUGCAGAUCCUGAGACGCCUGCGCGAGUGUCGUGCACGACUGGUGGAGAAUCAAGCCCAGUAUAACUUCGGUCUCGAGGUUUUUGAUGAAAUCCUCUAUGGCGCACAGACAGUGACUACUCCGGCUAUGCUAGCUGCAGCAUUACCAAGCCUUUUGCAAGACAGCCACACUCUUUACACAAGAGCAAAGAAACUACCAACCGGCCUGACCUUCCGCAUUGGCUCUCAGGCCAGCGUGGCGCACCUGAAUCGAUCCCAAGACAUACUUCCAGCAGACAGUCGUAGCAUUUUCCUGAACACUGGCGAUGGUCAGAUCUCGUCUCAGUACAUAAAUGCCGUGCGGAUAAACGGGCUCGAUAAGCCAGACACUCUUAUUGUGACUGAGCAUCCUCUGCAAAGUUCAGUGCUGAAAUUUUGGCAUCUUGUAAUAGAGAAAAACUGUCUUUCCGUUAUCCUUCUCAACUCCUAUGAUGUAUCUGAACAGAAAGAGUUUCCAGCUCUGAUACCGGAGGAUUAUUCCUACUUUACGAUAGGCUCAUACAGCAUCCAAACUCAACAUUUCCAGGAGUAUGAGGCGGUUGUCCAGUAUUCUAUGAGUAUAACAACGGAAAAGAAUACAGAACACAAAGUUGUAGUGUACCAGGUGCGAGACUGGCCUUGUACUAGUGCUGUGCCAAAUAACCCCGAAGCCCUCCUCACUGUAGCAGACUUAGUGCUCUCUGGACCCACUAAUGACAGUCCAAUGUUGCUGUGUUGUGCGGAUGGCGUCACCGCGUGCGGGCUGAUGGCUGGUGUUAUUCUGACAGUGGAACGCCUUCAAACGUACCAGGAAGUUGAUGUUUACCGCACUGUAGUGAGACUCCUUCGCUGCCGGCCUCAGUUCUUCACUUCGGUGGUUCAGUUUGACUCGCUGUACCAAGCUGCUCUGAACUACAUAGAGAAUUAUGAUACAUAUGCCAACUUCAGUGGCUGAAAUUGCAGUGCCUUUGUGAAAAAAUAUGGAGGGACUAGGGCUGUACAAUAAGAAGAUUUUACACAAUACGUAACAAGAAUAUUUCUGUUACGAGGAACUCAGCUUGAAGUACAAAACCUCUUGGAGUAAAGGAAAUAAGUGAUGUGAGUACGUUCAUGAACACAGAUACGAAUGUAGUAGAACAUACUAUAUGAAACGAAGAAGUAACAACUAAAGAGAUCUUUAUGUUAGUUUUUUUUUCUAUAU